CGAAAAGUUGGUACACCUGUGACGUCAAAUACCACACGCGAAGUCCACCCAUUCACAGAUUCUUCAGAGAACAAUAACGUCCAAGUUCACGUAGUGUCAUGCCCUGGAUUUGUGACAGAGACCGUCGUAUUAUUGUUGGGAUUCUUGCGUAUAUGUAAAGCCCAGAAAAUGAUGUAGGAAGCAUACACAUCAAGUAUAAUAAGUUUCCAGGAGACAAGACUGGAGAUCUUUGGUAGAGAAAAUAACGAAGGAAAAAUCAGUAACUUUAAAAAAAAAUGGUCGAAAUCCAGAUGUCCACGCUGGGGCUCGUGAAUGAGUGGAGGAAACCGGCCCAUGGGACACAGUACCUGGCUGCUCUCUCUGCCUCCAUGGGCGCCAUGGCCGUGGGCUCAGCCAUAGGAUACUCCUCCCCUGCUAGUGCCGCCCUGCUCUCCAAACCGUCCACAAACUCCUCGGACAACACCACCAGCGCCCCUGAGUGGCAAGCGGAGAACGAUCACCAACUGACACUGACGCCGAUGGAAAACAACUGGUUCGCCGCCUCCCUCAGCGCCGGUGCCCUGGUCGGCUGUGUGGUCGCGGGGUUCAGUCUGAACACCUUGGGGAGGAAGGGAACCAUGCUGGCGUCGCUCGUGCCGCUCGUGCUAGGGUGGGCGCUGAUAGGUUUUGCACAGAACAUCGGCAUGCUCGUGACCGGCCGUGUUUUAUGUGGACUGUGCACUGGAAUUACGUCGUUGGUAUGCCCGACUUAUACCACUGAGUAUGCUUCGAAAGACAUACGUGGUGCAUUAGGUUCCGGCUUCCAACUCUUCAUCACCAUCGGCAUCCUUUACGCCUACCUCUUCGGCGCCGUCGUGGAGUCCUGGCGGUGGUUGGUCCUCGCCUGCGCCGCUGUCGGGGGCGUCUACCUCCUGCUGGCGCUCUUCAUCAAGGAAUCUCCCACGUUUCUGCUGUCCAAGGGCAAGGAGGAGGAGGCGAGGGCGUCAAUGCAGUAUUUUCGAGGAAAGUACUACGACAUCGAGCCGGAGAUGAAGGCCCUGAAGGAGUCCUUGCAUGAAGCAGCCAAGAACAAGGUGUCCUUAUCUGACCUCAAGGAACCUUAUAUCCUGAAGCCCUUGGCCAUUACCCUCGCCCUUAUGGUGUUUCAGCAGGUAGCGGGCGUCAACGCUGUCUUAUACAACAUUAAUCUCAUCUUCCAGGUAAGUUUUGUUGUUGUUGUUAUCGGCGUCUUCGUCAUCGUCAUCUCCUCGUAGUUAUCAUCUUCAUUGUAAUCGCUGU